GCGUAGCAGCCCAAAGAGGAUCUUUGUCUCCUAACGGUGUAUCACAAGUGAGAAGUCUUCAAGUGAGAAGAGAUGAAACUUCUUCCUUACCUUGCGUUCUUUAUCAUCUGUAUAAUUGCAUCGCACAGUGAGGUCUUACAUGAUUCGCACCAAGAUGAAGACAAGAUUGCAAAAGCCCAAGAAGCAAUAGAGCCAGCAAAUAUAGAUUUUGCAUUACAUUUUUAUAAACAUCUUGUUACUGAAACACAAGCAGAAGAAAAAUCUGCACCAAAAAACCUAAUUUUCUCUCCUAUUAGCAUUUUAUCAGUAUUUUCUAUGCUUCUGUUGGGAGCCAAAUCUGAAUCUCACCAACAGAUCUUAAAUGGUCUUAGCUUGAACCAAACACAGGUCCCAGAGGAAGACAUGCAUGAAGCAUUUGAACACCUUCUACAGGUCUUAAAUAGACCAAAGAGUAAUCUGAAAGUCAAAAUUGGGAAUGCUGUCUUUGUAGAAGAUGCACUGAAAAUCCUAGACAGUUUCACUCAAGAAAUAGAACAUCAUUACCAUGCAGAAAUAUUCCCCUCACAUUUCAAGAACCCAGCAGAGGCUGAAAAGCAGAUCAACGACUAUGUAAGUAACAAAACAGAUGGGAAAAUACAGGAGCUGGUCAAAGAUUUGAGUGAAGAAACUAAGCUGCUUCUGAUCAACUACAUUGUCUUUAAAGCUGAAUGGGAGCAUCCUUUCAGUUCACAUUCCACAUAUUCAGGAAAAUUCUCUGUAGAUGAUAAUACCACUGUGGAGGUUCAAAUGAUGUAUAAAACCGACGAAUAUAUAUUUUUCAAAGAUGAAAAGAUUCCAUGUUCGGUUCUUCAGUUGCCAUAUAAAAAUAAUGCAUCUAUGCUUCUCAUUGUACCUGAACUGGGAAAAAUCCAUGAAGUAGAAGAGGCCCUGUCUGUUGAAACAUUAAAACGAUGGAAAAGUUCAGCAGAGAAAAGAUUCUUUGAACUUCACUUGCCCAAGUUUUCAAUCAGCUCCUCUCUCAAACUGAAAGACAUCCUCACUGACAUGGGAAUGGGAAUUAUUUUCACCGAUUCAGCAGAUUUCUCUGGGAUUUCAGAAAAAAGUCGUUUGAAAAUAUCCAAAGUUGUCCACAAGGCUGUACUUGAUGUUGAUGAAAAAGGCACAGAAGCAGCAGCAGCCUCAGCAGCUGAAGCAGUUCUGACAUCAUUAAUGGAGACAUUCAAUAUCGACAGACCAUUUAUCACCUUGAUCUACAGUGAAGAACCAUACUCCAUACUCUUUAUGAGCAGGGUUAUAGACCCAACAGAAAAAUAGCAAAAGCAGCAUCCUGUUUACCCGGUGAUCAUAACAGUCAAAUAAAGAUGUUGAAGUCAAAACAAAUUGCGUGUAAAACUUUUAAUAAGUUAAUUAAUACAUUGAUGUAUUAUCUAUUCAGCAGUUAUAUUCAGCACACUCAAGGUCCAUUAAUUAAUACAUAGUUAUUAUAUACAUUACUAAUUCCAAGCCUGAAUCCUUGAUCCAUCUCCAGUGCAGAAGUUCCACUACAGCUUGCCUUACAUUGUCCUUUCACAUUUUACUCUUUUUUUAAUGGGUCUUACAUUUGGCACAUCAAAAAAACAACAUAAUUUACCUAAUAAAUGAAUAAUUUAGAAG